GUACAUGGUUGUUUUUAAGAUGUACGAAAUUGGAUGGAGCACUCUAUUAGAUUGAUAAUUCCAUCAGAGUGCAACCAAGCGAAUUUAAGUAACAUCGAACAGUACAGCUGUCACUACCACAUCAGCACUUGACGUUACUCGUCAUUGUCGCAGCAAAGAGAAGAUUCUUUUUGCGUGCGCUAAGCACCGUGGGUCCUGUUUAACAGCACUGAGCGAAGGCUACAGAUGACUGCUGGAGUCUUAGAAGGGAGGUUCGGAAGAAAAAGCAAGAGAGAGAUAGAGUCUGGAAGAGAGAGAGGGUCGAGAGAAAGCGCAUGUCUCAUCUUUCCAUGCAGCCACUAGACGCUCCCCACCACUACCAGCGAGUCUCCCCCAUCUUGCAUGUGCAACAUUUAUUGCCGGACAGACCCUCUUGUAAGGCUGUGGACACUGCGGGAAAAACACCCAGAAUGGAUUGCUAAAACUCGGUUUUCUUUUUUCUUCUUCCGUGUGUCAUCAUCCUCAAUGUCUCUCAACAGUUUUUAACUAAACAAGAUGAGGAUUACUUGCAGACAGCUUCUCUUGCUAUUUUCCAGCUUUUGGGGGCUAACAAUGGGAGCAUUCCCGAGCAGUGUUCAAAUUGGAGGUCUCUUCAUCAGAAACACAGAUCAGGAAUACACCGCAUUUCGCUUAGCAAUCUUUUUACACAACACCAGCCCCAACGCAACUGAAGCGCCUUUUAAUCUGGUUCCUCAUGUGGACAACAUUGAAACAGCUAACAGCUUUGCUGUAACUAAUGCCUUUUGUUCGCAAUAUUCCCGGGGAGUUUUUGCGAUCUUCGGCCUGUACGACAAGCGCUCGGUGCACACCCUGACCUCAUUCUGCAGCGCCCUUCACAUCUCGCUCAUCACACCCAGCUUCCCCACGGAAGGCGAGAGCCAGUUUGUACUACAACUGCGGCCCUCUUUAAGAGGGGCCCUUCUCAGCCUCUUAGACCACUAUGACUGGAAUCGCUUUGUCUUUCUCUACGACACAGACCGGGGAUACUCCAUACUUCAAGCAAUUAUGGAAAAGGCAGGUCAAAAUGGCUGGCAAGUCAGUGCCAUCUGUGUGGAGAAUUUUAAUGAUGCCAGUUACCGGCGGCUUUUAGAAGAUCUUGAUCGCAGGCAAGAAAAGAAAUUUGUGAUCGACUGUGAAGCCGAGAGACUUCAGAACAUUUUAGAACAGAUUGUUAGUGUUGGAAAACAUGUCAAAGGCUACCACUACAUCAUGGCAAACCUGGGGUUUAAGGAUAUCUCCCUGGAGAGGUUCAUGCACGGUGGGGCAAAUGUAACAGGGUUCCAGCUUGUGGAUUUUAACACCCCCAUGGUGAUUAAACUCAUGCAGCGCUGGAACAAGCUGGACCAGAGAGAGUACCCAGGGUCAGAGAGCCCCCCAAAGUACACAUCUGCUUUGACAUACGAUGGAGUGCUUGUGAUGGCAGAAGCAUUUCGCAACCUUCGGAGACAGAAGAUUGACAUCUCCAGGAGAGGGAAUGCAGGAGAUUGUCUUGCAAACCCGGCAGCUCCCUGGAAUCAGGGGAUUGACAUGGAGAGAACACUGAAGCAGGUUCGUAUCCAAGGUUUAACGGGAAAUGUUCAGUUUGACCACUAUGGACGGAGAGUUAACUACACUAUGGAUGUAUUUGAGUUGAAAAGUAAUGGACCUCGAAGGAUUGGUUACUGGAAUGACAAUGACAAACUGGUUUUGAUCCAGAAUGAAAUCUUGCUCCCCAAUGAGACUGCUGCCAUGGAGAACAGAACCGUUGUUGUGACUACAAUAAUGGAAGGCCCUUACGUCAUGCUGAAAAAAAACUGGGAGAUGUUUGAAGGGAAUGAUCAGUAUGAAGGCUACUGCGUGGACCUAGCAUCAGAGAUUGCCAAGCACAUUGGCAUCAAGUACAAGAUAUCUAUUGUGCCUGAUGGGAAAUAUGGAGCCAGAGACCCAGAAACCAAAAUAUGGAAUGGGAUGGUUGGAGAACUGGUAUAUGGGAAAGCAGAGAUCGCCGUUGCACCCCUCACCAUCACCUUGGUACGAGAAGAGGUUAUUGACUUUUCCAAACCUUUCAUGAGCUUGGGGAUUUCCAUCAUGAUCAAGAAACCUCAGAAAUCAAAACCUGGAGUCUUUUCCUUCUUGGACCCCUUGGCCUAUGAAAUCUGGAUGUGUAUAGUCUUUGCCUACAUUGGGGUCAGUGUGGUGCUGUUCCUUGUCAGCCGGUUUAGCCCAUACGAAUGGCACACUGAAGAACCAGAAGAUGGGAAUGAAGGGCCGCCAAGCGAUCAGCCUCCCAAUGAGUUCGGUAUUUUUAACAGCCUCUGGUUUUCCCUGGGUGCUUUUAUGCAGCAAGGAUGCGAUAUCUCACCAAGGUCUCUCUCAGGUCGCAUCGUUGGAGGUGUGUGGUGGUUCUUCACAUUGAUUAUAAUUUCCUCUUAUACGGCUAACCUUGCGGCCUUCCUUACCGUUGAGAGAAUGGUCUCUCCAAUUGAGAGUGCGGAGGACCUUGCCAAGCAGACUGAGAUUGCUUAUGGAACGCUGGAUUCUGGAUCGACUAAAGAGUUUUUUAGAAGAUCAAAAAUAGCAGUAUAUGAAAAGAUGUGGACUUACAUGAAAUCAGCAGAACCGUCAGUUUUUACCAAAACCACAGCAGAGGGAGUUGCGCGUGUGCGGAAGUCCAAGGGAAAGUUUGCUUUCCUAUUGGAAUCGACCAUGAAUGAAUAUAUCGAACAGAGGAAACCCUGCGACACCAUGAAAGUGGGAGGCAACCUGGAUUCCAAAGGCUAUGGAGUGGCUACACCCAAGGGUUCUCAAUUAAGAACUCCCGUAAACCUUGCCGUUUUGAAACUCAGUGAAUCAGGAGUCUUAGACAAGCUGAAAAACAAAUGGUGGUACGAUAAAGGGGAAUGUGGACCCAAGGACUCUGGAAGUAAGGACAAGACAAGUGCUCUAAGCCUCAGUAACGUGGCUGGCGUCUUCUACAUUCUGGUUGGAGGUCUGGGCUUGGCCAUGCUGGUGGCUCUGAUAGAGUUCUGUUACAAGUCCAGAGCAGAAGCCAAGAGAAUGAAGCUAACCUUCACUGAAGCCAUGCGAAAUAAGGCCAGGCUAUCUAUCACGGGGAGCGUGGGAGAAAAUGGCCGAGUGCUGACCCCGGACUGCCCCAAGGCUGUUCACACAGGACCCUCCCAAAGACAAAGUUCAGGACUGGCUGUGGUUUCCUCGGAGUAUCAAUGAAAACCAAAAAUAAUCUAGUGCCUUAUCACAGAACAAAAAAAAAACAAUAAAUGAACGUAUAAAUAUAAAUUAGGAGCAAGAAAAACGAUGCAAUGUGGGUGGCUAAUGGGAACACAGCACAGACCGACAACAGCAGAAAAAUGGACGUUGGGUUCACCGCUGUAUUACAGCCAGGAGAAGCACUUCACCACAGAUGACACUCUCGGGAACUCAAUGCAUGAGCUCCGCUCAGGACGCCAAGAUUCAGACCUUAUAUCAGGACAAAACCAUUAACUGGCGGAAGGAAGAAAAAAACAACGACCAGAAAACUGUACUCGAAACACAAACUGUGCUUAUAAGCAUUUUGCCAUUAACUGUGUGGGGAAAAAAAAAAUGAACAUGCUUGUUAAAACACCUGGCUUUAGUCUUGACAAAACAACGCAGAGGUUCAAUGAACAUAUUAGCCUACAACUCACCGAAUAUCCAUAACUUGACAUGGGUACUGAUGCCCGGUUGUGCUGGGAUUAAAAUAAUAUUAAUAUUAAUAAUAAAGAAAUAAUCACUAUACUGUGAUGUGAGGAAAAAUAAAUAUGUACAUUCUGUGAAAAAAAACUAAAGAAAUUAUUUACAUUGUCUUUUAAAAAGAGCGAAGAUACUGUAAAACAUGCUUGCUUUUUAACUGAUGUAAAUAACUCAGUAGUGAACACAUUUCUCUUUUAUAACCAUCUUAGGAAAUAAUUCAUUGCAAUAAUGGAUAUAAGAUGAGGUCACUGUAAUUAAAAAUAUGAGAGAAUCUUUUUUUAUAUAUAUCUAUAUAUAAAAGAACAUGGACAUCAUCAUGUUUGCUGUGUCAUUUCCUCUGUUACAUUUAAUGUUCCACAGCUUACAUCUGUCUCACUCCACACUGAAUGUUAAUGCAAACAACACACAUCUUCACCACACAGCCAAGCACAGGUUGCAAGCUGGACAUGUUACAGAUAUUAAUUAUCUAGUUCUGUGUAUUACUAAGUUGUGGUUUUUGUACCCACCAAUUGAGAAUAAAACUAAACCAUUCUUACAAUAGUCACAGUUCUUGCUGUCUGUAGUCUGCUAACUACUGUAUAUGUUGAUUGUACGUUUCUAUUUUAAAGCCUAUUAACAUUUAAGCUGAUUUAAAAAAAAGAAAGUUUUAUUUUUUCAUUAAAGCAACUGUAUUAGAGUUUAAGAUUGAAAUAAUUUUUAAUAAAAGUAGGCACUGUUGUAGUUUUUGCAGCCAUGGCUGAAGUGAAGCUUGCUGCUUUAGCCCACAACUUUCAACACUGUGUAUUUCUUUUUCUUUUUCUUUUAAAUAUUUUUAACACCUGCACAAGGGACGUCCUAAAACUAGAAUACUGUAGAAAACAUUACUCUCCCCUGUUUAUAUUGUGGUCUAGUAAGAAUUUCAGUGUAUCCGAAUGGGUUAUCAGCUGCCACUCUCUGUACUCUCAUCUUUCCCCAUAUUCUCUUUUCUUUCACCUGGAAUUUGAAAGAACUUUAAAUCGUGUUGGUGUCAAAUGAGUUCCAAUGUUUUAUUUUCUGUCCUAACCCUAACCCUCAGACAGGAGGAGUGUUUUGUUUCGUCAGUAAUUAUGAAGGCUAAGGCCAGAUCUGAGAUUACCCAGACCAAGCUCUGUGACUUUGACACACGUCUGUGUAAACUAACCUGCUUGGCAUCUUACUUUGGCUUUGACUGGAUUUUUUUUUUCAGUAAACUAUAAAAUCUCAUUGUAUGGUC